AUGAAUAGUGAAGAAGAGUUUUAUGAUGCCGUUACGGGCUUUGAUUCUGACAAUUCUUCAGGAGAUUUUUCAGAAGCAAAUCAUAAAGUUGCAGAAAUGCUUGAUCUAGAUCCGCACCAAAGCAAGAGGAGUGGAGAGCAUAACGGAGAGACAGAGAUCCAAGAAAAUGGAAUUAAGAAACACAGGACAUCAUUACCUGCCCCAAUGUUUUCUAGAAGUGAUUUUAGUGUGUGGAGCAUAUUAAAAAAAUGCAUCGGACUGGAGCUGUCUAAGAUUACGAUGCCUAUUGUCUUCAAUGAGCCAUUGAGUUUCCUUCAACGGAUAACAGAAUAUAUGGAGCAUAUAUACCUCAUUAAUAAGGCUUGUAGUCAUGCAGACCCCCUAGAAAGGAUGCAGGCUGUAGCUGCUUUUGCAGUUUCUGCUGUAGCUUCUCAGUGGGAGAGAACUGGCAAACCAUUUAACCCACUGUUAGGAGAAACCUAUGAAUUAACCAGGGAGGAUUUAGGAUUUAGGUUUAUAUCUGAGCAAGUCAGCCACCACCCACCUAUUAGUGCAUUUUAUUCUGAAGGCCUCAAUAAGGACUUUAUAGAAGCGGAGCCUCGGGGAACAAUUUCUUUGGAGCUUCUGAAACAUAAUGAAGCUUACACGUGGACAAAUCCAACCUGUUGUGUACAUAAUGUAAUUAUUGGUAAACUGUGGUUAGAACAAUACGGAACGGUAGAAAUUGUAAAUCACAGUACUGGAGAUAAAUGUGUCCUUAACUUUAAACCGUGUGGACUGUUUGGGAAAGAGCUUCACAGAGUAGAGGGAUACAUUCAGGACAAAAACAGAAAGAAGCUGUGCGUGAUCUAUGGCAAGUGGACAGAAUGCUUAUGGUGCACUGAUCCCACUACGUACGAGACUUACAAAAAGAAUGAAAAGAGAGGUGGUGAGCAGAAGAAACCGAAGCCGAGUGAAGAUGUUAUUAAAUCUGAAAAUGAUGAGGCUGAUGAUAUGCCAGAAGUUCAAGACACAGUGCAGUUCAUACCAGGCAGUAAAUUGCUUUGGAGAAUAAAUUGUAGGCCACCAAACUCAUCGCAGAUGUACAAUUUUACCAGUUUUGCUGUGAGUCUCAAUGAGCUAGAAAAAGGCAUGGAAGCAAUAUUAGCUCCCACUGACUGUCGACUACGUCCAGAUAUCAGAAAUAUGGAAAAUGGAAACAUGGAUGUGGCUAGCAAAGAAAAAGAGAGACUAGAAGAGAAACAAAGAGCUGCUCGCAAGGAGCGUGCAAAAGAUGAAGUGGAGUGGCACACACGAUGGUUUCAUCAAGGCACUAACCCAUACACUGGGACUUCAGAUUGGCUGUACUCAGGUGGCUAUUUUGAUAGAAAUUUCUCAGACUGUCCAGACAUAUACUGAAAUUACGGAACCAACUGCUCAUCUCAUUUGGACAUCUAGUUACUAGAUUUCAUUCCAAGCCAGUUACUCUGGUUUUGUUAAUAGCAAAAACCAGCUUUUCUAAGUAAAUUUUAACAAAAAUUCUAUCGGUCAACAAUCAAGGAUUUAAUUAUCACUAACGUUGGAUUGCCAAAUAUUUAAAUACUGUUGCAUUCUUUCCAUAAAGCUGCACCUGAAAUCAUUCUUUCAAUCACUUUUUCACUAAUUUUCAAAGGGACCUUUGGUUCUUCAUUUUUUUCCCCUAGUUUCUUUGUCAGGAAGAUACGCUGUAUCCGGUAGAGCACAUAACAUCCUUGAAAACUACGUAACUUAAGUAAAAUAGAGAUAAUAUCCUUGUUACUUAGUACAAUAGUGAAGAAUCUGAAGUUUUUGGAACUCGAAGCAGGGAUGAAAAGCUAAUAUGGUACCAACAGGAUCAAACCUAGUACUGUCGAUACUCUCCGUGAAGAGAUGCAUGUGAACUUCCAUACGGUAUGUAGCACUACGUGGGGACUGGAGCUCCUGGCCCCCCUCUCUCAAUACGAUUCAAUAAUUCAGAGACUUGGGGAAACAAAAACCAACCUGAGCUUCUCAAACUGUAGUUGUCUGUUACAGAGUCUUCACAACUUUUGGACACUGUGAGCAUUAAACUGUAUACCUGUGAUACAAUUACAUAAAGCGUAAGUCAGGAGAAGGGUGUAUUAAAAAGUGCGCUUUUUCUGAAGUCAAAUGCUGUUCUUAAAAUACGAGAAGUUUUGGAAGCAAUUGCAGGAAUGUAGAGGUCGUUACAAUGUAAAAUAUAUUGCUUGCUACCACUUGGAGGCUUAAAUCUUCUGCACUACCUUUGGCAGCUUUGGCACUAUGUAUGCUUCUAGACUAAACAUUUAUUUGGAAGCACUUUGGUAUGUAUAUCCACACAGGUUCAUAUUUUGGGGAAGUUUUUGUUUGCAUGUUUUUCAUUGUUAGGUCACGUCUGUUUUGUAUGUUGUGAAAAAGCAGAAACAAUUUAAAGCUUUGGCAGAGUUAUACCUAUUACAAAUUUUCUGUGAGCACGUGAUGUCAAAAAAUGGGAUUUUUUUUGUUCCAUAUCAAACCAUCAAAGCCAUAUAAUACUGGAAAUAAUCAAUUACUGAAUUG